UGAUGGUGCUGGAACUAAGAUGAUCUUUGGAAGUGGAACCAGACUGAACGUUGAGCCCAAGUUAGAGGUAGAACCGGACUACUACAGACUGGAAGACAAUGGGACCACGGCAUGCCUCGCUACUGGCUUCACAAGACAAGAUGGAACAUACAACCAUGAACUCUUCAAGGAUCUUAUCAACAAGACAGCGGCCGUCCGUAUAGAAGACGACAAGGUGUACAACCAGGUGGUUGUGUUACCAACUGGAAACAAUGGGGACAGAUGUGAGACAGGGACUGAAAGUAAAGACAGUUCAUGUGAAGACGGUAUCAAACCAGAUCCAAAGGUGAACUUUGUUUCUGUGACCGUCCUGUGCCUCAGACUGCUCUUCAUCAAGACCGUCGUCUUCAACGUCCUGAUGACUUUCCGACUGUGGAUCAGUCAGUAAACUCAUCAGACCUUCACCUGAAACUAAUCAGAGAUGGUGGAUACGCAGAAGCACUCGGAUCAAGUCAUCGCUGAGCGUCACUUCUUUUUUUCAUCAUUGUCUCGUCGUGUGAAAUAACAAGUAUAAAUAUCAAAUCAUCUGUCAGCUUCUGAAUAUCAUCAGGAAAUCCUGCUGUGCAUGUAAUCUUUAUUAUGUUGGAGAAGUUAAUACUUCUGUUGCUUUUGAUGAAUGAAUCUUGACUCUUUCUGUCCUGCUGGUGUAAAUAUCAGUUACAGUCUGACAGCAUCCUGCUGCCAGAAAACAUCUCUGAAGAAAACUUUAUAAAAACUGCUGUGUGAUAUUAUUUCCUGUGUUGUUGCUACAAUAAAAAUCAGAUAGAAUGAA